AUGCUGUACAAGUGGAUGCUCAUGUCGCAACCCAUCCUGACUAGUCUCAGUGACUCGCUAGGGUUGUCCUGCCUGAAAGUGCCCAAAAGGUAUGGUUUGCUUCCGUUUGAUCUCAAUGCUUGUCAUCAUAUUUUACCAAAGAUACUACCUUCAGAGUUGUUCGAACUAAUUGAAAAGGAAGAUGCUAAGUCAAUAGCCACAAUGAAAGAAAAGUGGUGCUUAAUAAAUGAAAGAAAAAUUGAUUUAGAUGUGAAGGGUAUGAGUACUGAUUAUUUAGUGGCCAAGACAAAGACAAUCAAGAGAUCUCUUGCAGACUGCAAUAGGUUUGAAAGUCAAAAUAGUGCUAUUUCUGAACAUUCAAAUUGUUCUAGAUCCCCCUUAACACCCUCUUCGCAAAAAGGUCAAAGUAAACCUGUAGUGAUGUGCUCUGGUUCUGAGAAGAAGCUAAAUAAAAGACAGCUUUCAGAAUUUCAAGCAGAAAUCCGCAAGAUUCCUUCCAUCAAAGGCAGAUUUGAAUAUCUCUGUGAGGUUCAACUCAAUCAGACCUACACAAGUACAUCAUUUUCCAAACCUGUUUGUUCUGUUUUGGAAGAUUCAAAGGAGGAUCAGUAUAAAUCUGUAGAAACUGCUAAUGAUGCAAGCUUGAAUGAAAAACAUGAGUCAUUUGAUGCAUCCUGCUCUCAAGGAUCAACAUCAGGUCCUGAGACAGCAAUUCAAAAGGGAAAAAAGCCAAUGUCUGGACCAGUGUCUUCUGGCUGUUAUGCUGGUCCAGUAGAAGAAUCUCUUAAUAAUGAGCCUACAGCGAUCACUUUCGGUGUUUUCCAGUCCUUGGACAAAUUGUCACAAAAUUCUGAUUCAUUGGCAAAUACUGAAAUUCCAGAAUGUUCUUCAAGAAAAGCAGCUAUGCUAAAUUUUAGAGAUGGAAACAUGGAAACAAAAACUGUGUGUAAUUUGAUAGACGAAUGUAGUCAUGCCAAUCUAGAACAAGGGAAUGUUAUUCAAGUUCUUGAACUUACCAGUGGGCUAACUGAUCUAAUUUCUGAAGUUGACAUACUGUUUCUCAAUCACCAACAAAAACAAUGUGGUAUUAUGGAGCCUCCAGUAGCCUUUUCUGAUGAAGAAACAUAUAGCUGGUAUGAUGAGCAAAUGAUGAUGUCUUCUGUUGCAGAACAUGGUUUCUGUUGUUAUGCCAAACAUGUAUCAGACGUAGUAUCCAAAAUGGGUUGUAAGAAUGAGAUAGAUCUAACUUCAGAGAUGUUGGCUAGCAGUAAUAAUGUUAUGGCACUGGGAAAAUUGUCUGGACAGGACCAAACGAAAAGCACUAGUAUCUAUGACAGUAAGCAAUUUGAGGUGAACGACCUGACAAAUGAUACCAAGAGGUAUUAUUUGACUUUAAUUUUACAGUGA